AUGCUAAAACCUAAAGUCAUUUCCCAAGUACUUCAACAAGCAACAACGGGAGGUGUAAAAGCUACUCUACUUUUGAAUUCCGAAGGUUCUCCUUUGGUAUUUGUUUCAGAAGCCGGUGAUCGCGAUGCACGAGUUUAUGCGGCCAUUGCGUCCAACGUUUGGAGUACAUUUGAAAAGAAUACCAAGCCAUUAACAAAGGAAGAUCCCACCAUUGGAUCUGGAGUUGGAUCGGGUAAUGGCGGUGGUAUAAACAAUGCGUUGAAGUUUUUGUUAGUAGAAUGCGAGGAAGGCAAUCUUGCUAUUACUACUGUUACCAACAUGUUAUUGUGUUUAGUUGCAAGAACAGAUGUUGCAUUAGGGAUCCUGAAAGCAAAGACGGAUGCCUUAGCUCGACAUUUAGAAGAGCCUUUUCAACGGGUGUCCACUUAUACACAAAGUUCAUCUUAA